AUGGAAUCGUCAUCCCGUUCGUCCCCGAACGAAAACUCGAUCGGCUCACCCGCCGCCGUAUCCGCCGCUGCGUCGACGCCUCAAGAUUCUGCGUCGGUAUCAAACUCCGUCUCACACGUUCCUGUACCCGGCGCUCCCAAUGCUGCUUUUACGCCAUCGGGUCCCAUUACCCUCGAUCCGUCUACUACGCCCUCAUCUGUGCUAAAUCCGCGCAGCUGCGUAACAUGUCGACGCCGGAAAGUUAGAUGCGAUAAAUUUAUGCCCUGUGGCAACUGUCGCAAAGCCCAGAUCCAAUGCGUCUUCCCAGCACCAGGUCGUGCGCCGCGGCGACCGCGCAUGAAGGACCCCAAUGCCCCGCCGAAACAGACGAGCGAGCGCGAGAUCGAACUUAUGAAGAGGCUACGGAAGUUGGAGAGCAUAGUAGAAGAUCUUAGUGGACAGAUUGAAAUAGAGACGGCGAGGCACCCCUCUCUCAGCGGUGGGGCUUCACCCGAGGCGACUCUAGACGCGCAGGAGAAAGAGCGGCGAAGGCAGAGUGGGAUCACAUAUAGCGAGAAUCUACCCGGCGGCUACCCUCCAGUCGAUCAUCUAAAAUUCGGCCGCUCUCAGACCGGCGACUCCGCUAACCAGACAUCGAAGAGUCCUACCUCUGAGGUUAGCAAGCCCUUCGGGAGAUUGGUGCUGAACGAGAAAGGAAAGACGCGGUACGUGAGUAGCGCUUUCUGGUCCAAGGUUAACGACGAGCUUAAUCAGCUUCGAACCGAAACAGAGAUGCUCAGUGAUGACGACUCUGAAGCUUCGGACGAUGGUAGUAGUCCUGGUGUGUCCCACCCUCACCCAGAUUCCAUCGAUCACCACGGCUUCGUCUUAGGCUAUAGCUCUUCCAAUGUCGAUCUACGAAAAUUACAUCCUCUGCCGUCCCAGAUACCCUUUUUCUGGCAGGUCUACCAAGAAAAUGUUGACCCGCUAGUCAAGAUAUUGCACGUACCAUCCAUGAACAAGAUCAUCCGCGAGCUGAGGAGUAACAUGGACGAUAUCUCGCCGGGGAUGGAAGCUUUGAUGUUCGCUAUAUAUUACGCUUCCAUCACAUCUAUGGAAGAUAACGAAGUUAAGGUAAAUUUUGGCGCUGAUAAGGCGCAGCUUAUUAAAAAGUAUCGUUUUGCUACGGAGCAAGCUCUCGCAAAGGCGAAUUUCUUAGUUACGUCAGAACUAGUUGUAGUUCAGGCUUUUACCCUCUUUCUCGUGCUCGUCCGUCGGUACGAUGACACGAGGUUCGCCUGGACGCUUACCGGUCUCGCAAUCCGCAUCUCGCAGUCGCUGGGAAUACAUCGAGAAGGGACAGAAUUUGACGGUUUGAGCCCGUUCGACAUUGAGAUGCGCCGUAGACUCUGGUGGGCAAUUUGUAUUCUCGACCUUAGAUCGGCAGAGGACCAGGGUACCGAGCUGACGAUUGCGGAGCGGACGUACGACACUCAAUUUCCGCUAAAUAUCAACGACACGGAUUUGACCCCGGAAAUGACAGAAUUCCCGGAAGAAAAGCUGGGACCUACUGAUAUGACUUUUUGUCUCAUACGUUACGAAAUCUGCGCCCUGGCUAGGAAGAUACACUUCGCAACAAACGGGAUGGCCCCGUGCCGUACCCGGAGUACGGAAGAAGAGCGCAACAAGAUGCUCCACGAGUGCUAUGAGCGUAUCGAAACGAAGUAUCUCAAAACUUGCGGCGACAAGGAUGCGGAUGUGUUACAUUGGGUCGCCGCCAUGAUUUCGCGGCUUAUCAUGGCUAAGAUGAGUUUGAUAAUUUACCAGCCGAUGCUGCUCCAUUGGGGAGCCCAGGAGGUCAGCAAGGAAAUUCGACAUCGUCUCUUUAUGGCUUCUCUCGAAGUAGUCGAAUAUACACGAGUGUUAAACUCGGAACAAAGAUGUCGCCAGUGGCGGUGGCUCUUCCAAACGUACGCUCAAUGGCACGCCGUUGCCUAUCUCCUUCUUGAAGUGUGCCGGCUGCCUUGGACCGCGUCGCUCGAACGUGCCUGGAUCGUUCUCAGCGCGACAUUCCAGACUCCUGAUGUGUCCCAACGUGCUAAACCAGGUGUUUGGAUUCCAUUGCGUAAGCUUAUGGGACAGGCGAGGCGUCAUAGGGAUGAGGAAAUCCAGCGGCUGAGAGCUGAUCCCGAGGCUGCACGGCAGCUCGAUUUGGACGAGCAAAAGAAGACGCAGCCAGAAAGUUUCAAACACUUGUCUAGCUCAAUGCGAGGUAUUUUAGCCCAGGAGCAGUGGCGCAAGCUCGUGGGGGUUAAAGGUCCCGAAAAACCAACAUUUCACAUCUCGGACGUCACGGGCGGCAGCACACAGACGGAAAAGAAGGGACUUGCUCGAGAGCCGUCGGAUAUGAAGGUAGCCCCGACCGAGUUGCAGUUUGUCGACCAUUUGAUGUCUCAACCGUAUCUCGACUCUCAGGACAUCUUCUCGGUCGCUUUUCCGGGCGACCAAGCCUACCUUACUGAAGGGGGUGCUCAACCCCCGGGCGGAUCCCGGCCAAAUCAGACAGUUCCCGGUGAAGCAUUCGGCGCUACUAGUAGCAAUAGCAAUCAGCCAUCAACAGGUCAGCCUGCACAUAAUUUUCUAGAGGACAACCCUCCACCGUGGUUCUGGAGCGGCGUCUGGGGUCAGUCUCCUCCGAAUAACGCGGCAGAGAAUGCGCCGAGUUCGGAGGAUCAGGACGUUAACAUGGAUGUAGACGAGAGUUUCAACUGGCAGAAUUGGGUAGACAACGGGCUCGCGAUGGGAAGGGUUAGUUUUAUGGGAGGGAUCUAA